AUGCCUGAAGGUCGUCAGUCCCCUCCCCCUGAGCGCCAGACCAGCGCCCAGAAGGACCAGCCUGCCUCUGGACAAGGCCUCGAGCAGAUCAACACCGACAACAAGAAGGGCGAGCAGCAAGAUCAGCUAAAGAACCUCGAGUCUAACCCCAAGGGUGCCCUCGAUGAUGCUUUGGCCUCCAAGUUCACCAAGACCGAGAAAUGA